GCGAGGUGCGCGCGAGGAUGCUCCGGGCCGGGCAAGGCGGUCGCGGCCGCUGCUGCGCACGCGUGCCCGCGUUGCGGCUGAGCUCAAAAGAUGCCCCGGGGACAGGCCCGGCUGCGCGAGCGUGCCCAGCCGGCGGGCAGCGCUGUGGAGACCGGGGGACGCUGGGAGAGCCGCGAGGCCCGGCGCGCGACCCCCGGAAGCGGCACCUGCUCUUCAGGACAAAAGAAGUUGGACGAAUCCUGAAUUUACCACCCGGCGUUCCAGGAGGCAAUACCCAGUGGUCUGACCGUUGCUGUCCCUGUGGGUCCUGACCUGGGCCCUCCUGUUCCCUGGAGAAUCCCUCACUUGCUCUUCCGGAAUUAGAAACCACCGAGGGAUCUCUCCUCCCUGAUUCCUUGCAAGCCUUGCUUGUCUGGAGAGUAGCUCUUGGCCAAGAUUUGGCAGCAGAGAGCCAUGGACCAGAACAGCGCAGGGGAGGAGGGUGCCCUUCCAUCCGAGAUACACCUCCCUUCAUUUUCUGAGAGUCAAGGACUCAACUGCAGCAAUGCCCUCAACCAGAAUCUGGGUCCCAGCUCCCGAGACCUGCUCUAUGCUGGCCUGAGUGGAUUGGACAUGGACCCCAGCCUCCCAGCACCCAAUGUGCCCAGCAAGGUGCUGGAGAACAGCUUGGAUGCUUUCUCCCUGUACUCUGGGGAGGACCGUGACUCCAUGAAGCUGCUGGAGAAGUAUGCAGACCCGGCAUCUCAGGCUUCUUUACAGGACCUGAGGCUGGGCAAGCUUCAGAUCCCUAAAGAGGCUGACGAAGGAGGCAGGGCCACUUCUGGGAGCGCAGGGAAAGAAGAGCAGCAUCACACUUCACCUCAGAAGCUGCUUCUGGAUUGCAGCGUCUGUGGGAAGGUGUUCAGCAGCACCAGCUCUCGGAGCAAGUACUACCUCACGCACAGCCAGGAACGGAAACACAUUUGCGGAAUCUGCAGCAAGGCCUUUAAGCGCCGGGACCACCUGACUAGGCACAUGCUCACCCACCAGAAGACCAAGCCCUUUGCGUGCAGGGAGCAGGGCUGCAGCAAGAGCUACUGUGAUGACCGUUCCUUGCGCCAGCACUACGAGGUCCAGCACAGCUUGUGCGUCCUGAAGGAGGCCCCCCCUGAGGAAGAAGCCUGUGGGGACUCCUCUCCUGCCCACAAGGAUGGAAAUACCUACCGGCUCCCCGAUCCAGUGAAGGAGGAGAGCAUGGCAGCAGGCAGAUAUGACAAGUGGCUGUCACCUCGAAGGAAGCAGGACCAACAGGUGAAGGUGCGUGUGCAGCUGCCAUCUCUUCUCUGUCGGUGUUUGGGUGUCCGGCAUGGAGUUUUUCAAGCCUCUGAGACAGGUGCUGAGGCCGGAGGUGGAGGCACAUUGUCCCCCAGGAGCCUGGAAACCCUCGACGGCAUGAGCACAGCUCCUCUGGGGACGCCUGCGUCGGAGCCUGUGGGCCCAGUGAGCCAGCCCCCGGGGAGCACAGCCAAGCCAGCCCAGAAAGCGGAGAAAGUGCCUGCGGCCCAAGGCAUCGUUCCUGCCUCCCGCUCCUUAUGCCUUUGGGGAGCCGGGCCCCGAAGGAGGCCACCAGAGCUGCCUGUGGUUUCCGGUGCUCCUGGUGGACCACUCCCUGCAGGGACUGUUCCAGUGGUCUCCCAGUAUGCUGCCCCUGGUGCUGAGCCCCAUCCGGGAGGGGUCUGGGCUGUAUUUAAACACUGUUCCAUGUCCACUCAGGAUGAUUCUGACAAAGUCAUCGGCAGCAAGCUUGAUCAAGUGGAUGACUCUUCUGGGAGACAUGUUAUUAAGGAUGACACCAAGCUCCACAUUCGAAUACGCAUCAGGAGAGGAAACAAGUUUCAGGCCGAGAUCCCGGAGCUCCAGGAGCGCCCUAUGGUCGAGACCAUUGAACAUGGAGCUUCUCUGGUCUGGAAGCCAUCGGACGGUGUGAUGAGCAAUCCAGAAACACAGGAUAGAGAUCAAGUGGAUGACUGUUUUGGCAUCUGUGCAAUCGAGGAUGACACCAAGCCCAGCAUUAGACCACACAUCAGGAUAGGAGGCGAGUUUCAGGCCGAGAUCCCGGAGCUCCUGGAGCGCCCUCCUGAUGAGACCGGUGAAGAUGGAGCUUCUCUCGUCUGGAAGCCAUGGGAUGAUAUGACGAGCAAUCCAGAAACACAGGAUAGAGUUACUGAGCUCUGCAAGAUGGCGUCCAGUGCAAUGCCAGGAGGGGGCACCAACCUGGAGCUUGCUCUGCACUGCCUGCACGAGGCCCAGGGCGACGUCCCGGUGGCCCUAGAGACCCUGUUACACGGAGGACCCCAGAAGCCGCUGACUCACCCUCUUGCCAACUAUCACUACGCAGGUUCAGACGUCUGGACCUCCCAGGAGAAGAUUCUGUUUAAUAAGGCAUUUCAGGCUCACAAGAAGAACUUCCACUUGAUACACAAGAUGGUUCAGACAAAGACAGUGGCCCAGUGUGUAGAGUAUUACUACACCUGGAAAAAAAAGAUCAGGUUUGCCUAUGUUCGGGCCCCAGGCCUGGGAAAUGGGGUCAAAAGAAAGCUGGACGAGGCAGACAGAACAGAAACAAAGGCCACUUGCAGUCCUCAGAAGAGACCCAAAUGCCAUCCAACCCCCGAGUUGAAGAUGAAGACCAAGAGUUACAGGGGAGAAUCCAUCGUCAACACAAGCCCAAAUGCUGGUCCCAAGCAGACCCCUGAGCCUCCGGGGAGCGAAAAGGGCCGAGGCACUUUUCCCUGCAGAGAGUGUGAGAGGGUGUUUGACAAGAUCCAGAGUCGAAAUGCCCUCAUGAGGCAGCACCGGCUUCAGGACCCCAUGGAACCAACUGUUAGGGCGGAGAGACCAGCGAAGGCCUUCCUGCUCCAAGAUGAGGAGGAGGAGGAGGAAGGGGAGAUGGGGGCUGACAUGGGCCCCUUGCAGGGGUGAUUUGGGCCGUGAGCCGGGGCCAGGCAGCACGUCAUCGGGAUGAGGACCUCGGGCUGUCACCUCUCCCUUCAGCCUCCCCGAGGUGUUCAGGGCAUCCCUCUGCCUCCACCCCCACCCCCCUGCCCCCACUGACCAGCCCAGCUUGCAAACACAGCGGGCAUUGGCCAUCAACAGGCAGAGCGCCGCCAUCGUUGGACACUGUGACAUCCUUGCCAGCUGGUGCCAGAGGCUCCAUACUCUUUAGGUCAAUAGUCUCUCCCCUUCUAUUCUCUGGAGCAGGGCAUCUUGUGUGGGGAAACAUGUUAGAUCUGAGUCCUCACCAAUCUUCGCCUCAAUUUUGGGGUUUCAUUACAUCUGUUAGAGAAGGCCGAGGCGUGGACACCCAGUGGGAAAAUACUUCUGGAUCUCCCAACAUGUCAGACUCCUCAUCAGGAGACCGUGCCCUCUGCAUUUAGCCCCUAGUGUGGCAAUGACUUUGUACAUUCUUAAGUUUUUUUGGUACAAGUCAAUUUGUAAAUCUUAUUAAAUUGUGUUAAGCAGCUAUCUUCUGGCUUCUCUGGCCUGUUGAGCCAACAAAGGCUUUAGGGCUCCUGCCACUCGCCAGCGCCGCAGAAACGAGUGAGCUUAGUCUCUGCCCUGGAGGGGGCAGGUCCCCAUACAUUCCGGGAGCCGGCCCUUAGGUGCCCACUGCAGUGUGUGUCAGUGCCCAGUCCAUGCAGUGGGCACACAGCGACACAGGAGGGACCCAGGUGCUCCCUUCAGGGAGCUCACAUUUUAGGAGCAGGAGAGCAGCAGGAAUAAAUAAGCAAAGAGGUGACUUUAGCUAUUGCUUUGGGCCAUAAGGACAGAAGAGUCAGCAGCGUAGUGACCAGCAGUCAGGACAUGACGGUGGUUCCACUGUGUCCGGGGUGAAGUCAGGGUCUCCCAGCAGCGGCCAGCUCAGCAUGCAGAUCGCAGCAGGGACGAAGAUCACCUCCUCCUGCCCCAAGGUCCAAACCAGGGAGCACAGGAAAGAGCACGUUCCUCCCUCCUUCGUCUUGUCCCUUUUUUGAGAGCGGGGAGAGCUUGUAACAGUCUCCAGAAGAAUGCCUCUGGGUCCAUUGGUCAGGACUGGGGCCCAUGCUUUUUCUAAACUGAUCCCUGGCAGUAGGAAGGGCUAUGGCCGCAGUCAUCCCGAUAUCCAAGGUCUCCUCAGGACCGGGGGAAACCAGCAUGUUUCCUCAGGUUUCCUGCCACCUGACCAAAGCGGAAAUUCUUUUUGCCAGGAAAAGAAGAGGAAGCAUGAGUGGCUACUGGGUCGGGAGCCCUUGCGUACACCACAAGGUGACAGGAGGAAAAUAAGGCAGGGGCUCAAAUCCUAAAGAGUGACCAGGGUGUGGCAGAUGGCGUUAGGGGGUAGGCCAGGGAAGGCCACCCGGAGGAGGCUGCUGAGGCCACGGUCUGUAUUCCAGGCCACGGCAUGGCAAGUGCUGACUCUGCCACGGGAACUAGCGGAGGGUUAAAAGUUCUGUGGCUGCUGUGCCGAGGUUGCAGGAGGCAAGACGGCAAGCCUGGAGAGGUGACAGAGGCUUUCAGAGACGACGGUGGCCUGGGCUGGGUAGCCAUAAAGAGGGACAGAAACUCAGGGAUUAGGGAUGCGCCUCAGGAGACUCAGACUUACUGAUGGGUCACGCUGUGAGAAACCCACUCACUGGUCCAAAUUCAGUAAGUGGACAUGGAGAGAAAGAGGACAGCGGAGCGAGGCUUUAAUGUCGGUCUUGCAGGAUUGGGAGUCUGGUGGGCAGGCACACCUGGGGAGUUUGGCGACAUUAAUUUACCUCCUAGUGCGCGAGUCCCUCCCCUGGUUCCUCAUUGACUGAGUACUGCAGGGUUCACAUUCUUUCCCGGACGUCGCCUAAGGCAAUUACAUCUUUCUUAUUGGUACAUUUAAAAACCUCAGCCAGGUAUAACCAGGCCCUUAUCAAUUCCCACCCGACUCUCAGCCUGAGCAGC